UGAUAGCUUCAAGAAAAGAAAACCCAAAACAAAACGUUGGGGCCUAAAACCAGAACAGAGCCCACCUUUACUCUCAAAUAUCUCACUCUGUUUUUUCCGCCGCUAGAAACAAAAUACCCACAUUCGAAGCACAACCCAUUUUCUUUCAGCAUCAAAAAUGGCUGAAAACACUGAAAUCUCUGCCAGUAAAGAAGACCCAAAAGGACCCCAGAACCUGUUCUCGUUGUUCCCAAAGUUUAAGCUUGAAAUCCCAUUUCUGAAGCAUGGAGGACCGAAGGUAGAGGCUGUUGUGAAAGAGGAAGUGAAAGGUGAAAUAGUGGUUGGUGGCGAUGAAGGUAAAGAAGACUCGACUAAGAAACCUGAUGUUGUGAAGUUUGCAGAGAGGAAACCGUUGGUUCCACCCCCUUUGGCUGUUGAAGUUGAAGAGCCUUCUACUAAGACUUCCAAUCCUUUUAUCCUGUGGCAGGUUUAUGCUCUGGGAGGAUUCAUUGUAUUGAAGUGGAUAUGGGGAAGAUGGCAGGAGAGGAAGGCCCAAAAGGGUCCUGAUGAUGAUGAUAAUGAUAAAUCUUCAGAUGCUGAUGAUGAUGAUAAUGUGUGAAAAUAUUGGAAUAGUGUUUCUAAUAUUUGGGGUUCUUUUACUGUGAAUGUAAAAAGUAGUUGGCCACUGAACUAGCAGAUAAUCGCUUUUAAUUCAUACAGGGAUUCAAGUUCUCUAAUUGCCUUUCUGGUUUGCUUCUCAAAUCACGUACUUGUUCUAUCCUUGUUGCAUUUUCAUGUCAUUUGGUUGUAAACAAUAUCCUCAUAAGGCCUGUAUUGGGUUAAAAAUAGAGUUUUCGCCUCA